AUGAGCCAAUCAGAUCAGCCUGCCGAUCUCAAAAGCCCUGCCAAGGGCAGACCCCAAAGUGGUCAAUCCUCACAAGACGAAGAUGGCUUCAUUGAUAUUCAGCACGCCGACACCGACGUCGACAUGCAAGACAGUAAUCGGAACGCUCAAACUAAUUCAUCUCGCCAGCUAGAGCUGCAUAGGUACGGCAAUAAUCCUGACGACGCUGAUGAUGUUGUGGAAUCCGAAGAAGAUUCAGAAGACGAUCGGGACCCUAUCGCCAACCACCCCUUGUUGAGCAUGCUUACCGGCCGCCUGGGCGCUCGCCGACGAGGUUCGACCCAUAAAUGGGACCAUCUACAUCCCGAAAAUCAAGUUUUGUCGGUAUCCAACGUGGAUCAGUGCACUGCCCUUGAAAAUGAGGCGUUUCCACCCGAAGAGAGGGCAAGUCGGGAGAAGUUUCAAUACCGGCUCACCCGGUGCCCCGAAUUGAGUUUGGGUUUGUUCACCCAGCCUACCAAGGCAGAGGCGGAAAGACUGUCGUCUCCUCCUCAACGAAGACUGAUGGCACAUGUCAUCGCCACCAGAAGUCCAUCACCCAGUGUGACUGAAGCUUCCAUGGAGAUCCCUCCGAACUGGAGAACGCGUCGAUCGUCGCUGCCAGAAAAGGGCGGCGACGAACCUGUUGGCCAUCAGGACUUUGGCGGGACAAUUUGCGUUCAUUCACUUGCAGUCGCUCCUGAGUUUCAGAAGAUGGGGCUAGGUAACGUCCUGAUGAAGUGUUACAUUCAGCGCAUGAAAGACUCCAAGAUCGCGGAUCGGAUAGCCCUUCUUGCCCAUGAUCGCUUGAUACCAUUCUACGCCCGACUUGGCUUUGAAAACAUGGGACGAAGCUCCGUUACCUCCUGCGGUGGGAAUUGGAACAAUUUGGUAAGUACAACCGCCAUCGCAGUUCACUGUCAACUGGCAUUCUGA